AUGGGGGCUGGCAGUGCGGAGCCCGGGCCCUCUGGCAGCAGGCCCUCUCACCCCGUCUCCGGGUGGCAUCACACCGGCUCCUACCAGCUGUACCCAGGUCCUUGUAUUUUCCAGUGGAAGAGCCGGUGGGUCGUGCUUAGGAAGCCCUCUCCGGUCGCGGACUGCCUGUCUCUGCUGGUGUACAAGGACCGGGGGGAGAGGGUGCGGGGCCACCGGGUGCGGGUGCACCUGACCCUGGAGGGGAUCUGUGGUUUGGAGCCCGGCCAGGGCUAUGACGGGGCGGCCUACACCCUCACCCUGCUCUGCCCCGGACAGAGCCUGGCCCUGGGCUUUGACACCCGCGAGGGCCUACUGGCCUGGGAUGUCCGCCUCCGCUACAGCCUGGGGGAGGUCCACAGGUUCACAGUAGGCGUUCAGCCUGGUACCAAACUGGAGAGUGGCCCCGCCUCCCUCCACCUGUGCAACGACCUAUUGGUCUUGACCAGGGACCUCCCCCCGACCGUCAUUGGCCAGUGGAAGCUGUCGGACCUGCGUCGCUAUGGCGCCGUGCCCAGCGGCUUUGUCUUUGAGGGAGGAACUCGCUGCGGAUAUUGGGCCGGAGUGUUCUUCCUGUCCUGUGCGGAGGGGGAGCAGAUCAGCUUCCUGUUUGACUGCAUCGUCAGAGGGAUCUCUCCCAGUCGAGCUCCGCACGGCCUAAGACCUGUCCUGCCAGAUCCGAGUGCCAACCCGUCAGUCUCAGAAGAGAGGAUCAGCCAGGAAGCGUCGGAGCUGGAGAGGAGACUCAGUGUGCUGUCUCACAUGCACAGCAGCACAGCCUCCACAUAUAGCUAUAGCACCUCCUUUGCCGGGGACGACCACAGCAGUAUCUCCAGCUCCUCCUCCAGCCAAUCGGACACAAGCUAUGGGAACCAUCUCUCUUUGUGGGCAGAGCCAGGCCAGAGCUUGCAUCCCUCAUCCGAGUCCUUGUCAGCUACUCCUACGACAAAGGGCUCGCCCAAUCCGGACGAUUGUCUCUAUGCAGCUGUGGUGGGAGGCUCUGUGAUUCGUCCUUCCUCUAACCAGCGCCAUGUACGCGGUCUCCACGACAGCGGGCGGCAGAGCUCAUUGGACAGUGGAAUUGGCAUCGCCACCAGCAGCCAAUCAUCAUACUCUGGGAGUUUUUCUUCCUGUAGUCUGGACACAGCCAGUCAGGGAGGGGGAGAGGAGUUUGGGUCCCAGUUCAGUCUCCACCCUCCUCCAGCACCUCCCCCUCCACCUCCUGUACCUCCACCUCCUCUCUCUCCACCCCUGCCAGGAUGUACCCCAGACUAUAGCCCUGCUACCCCUCCACCUUGCUCUUGUCCCCGUAGGGCCGAUUCUAGUUCCCCUACUGCCCCCAAAAGGCAAGGAGAGGAAUACCAUGUCCCCAGCCUACUACGACUGCUCUAUGACACACCCAGGAACCUGCUUCAUAGUCUGACUCUAAAGGAUCCGUCAAUCCGCGGAGGUACACCCGAAAUGGGCAAGGACAGGAGGACUGGUGGGGGUGGAGGGGGUCAGGGAUUGAGCGAUGACCCACCGAACCCCCCUCUCCAUAGGGCUGGGGGGCGAUGCAUGUCCCCUAUAGAGCGGCCUCUGUCUCGGGACAGGGAGAGAAAAGCGCCCCCAGUGGACAGUUCUGAACACUGCAGCUCAAUACCAGCCACCUUCAGAUUACCACCCCUACCAGGCUGUCCAGUGUGUGGGGGGACACAGUGCAUUCACUGUUCAGACCUAAACUACAUUUCCCAUGAGCAAUGGUACUCAUCUCAGGAAAGAGGCUAUUUACAGGGAACCAGUGCAGCACUAACAAGACCGUCCCCUUCCACGCAUCCCGCUACACCAGACCAACCAUCCAAACAGAGGGAGGAGGAGCAGAGGAGGGAGCGGGGUGAGGGGGUACCCUGGUCCUCUUCUCUGGAGCCCCUAAAGGCCCCUCCCCCUGGCAAACUUGUGCUCCACAGACACAACGCUCCAGUCUCAGAUCCUAAGUCUGCUCAUGAGCUGACUGAAGCCCUGAGAAGAGGAGAGCUCCGACUAGAAGAGUACAGGAGUUUUUUGACUCCCCCCCCAGAGGGCCCCUCCCCAUCCCUGAAGGUGAGGGCCCGCAGUGACACCGCAAACUAUGUCAACAUCCCCGUCAGCCCGGUGGCUAAAGCUAACGCUAGCAGAGAGACGCUCUACAUGGAGCUGGAUCUGCAGGCCUCUACGCCCACUACAGCGAGAGGAGGGGGCUCCACCAGGUACGCCCACAUAGACAUCGAAGCCACGGAGACGGCCCAGAGGGUAGGGGCGGAGCACGCGCAGGGGAGGGAGGACUGAUUGGCCGAGCUGGAGCAGAGGACCUGGGCCCGUCAGACAUAACCCCAAACAACGCAAUCAGGGAAAGAAGACAAUUAAAGUUUUACUACAAAUCAUGUGUAUUUAUGCUGCAAAGGACACCGAAUUCCAAAACUCUGUUUAUUUUUAAUUUUUACAUGUACUUAAUCAAUGCUCAUGCCUUGUGGCUAUAUAAACUGGGGAAUGUUCAGUAAAGCAGGUGUAUUUAAUGUGUAUUGUUGUGCAACCUGUGACAAAACCUGACUUUCUUGGAAACAACUUGUAAAUAAUGACUGCUUUUAACCUUGAUGGGACUUUGCAAAAGCAAAAAUACAUUAUACUAAAAGCAUCAAUUUCUUAAAUAAAUGUUUGUGUUAAUGGUUGUAUGUGUUGGAAAGACUUAAAGUAUAACUCAUGACUGGAAGUGAGUGAACUUGGUCAUAUCUACUAUCACUGGCAUGUACCAACACAGCCAUGAUACAUGGUCUAGUGACCAUGUGACCAGGCUGAACAUGUUGGUCUCAGACCAUAGAUGGCAAAAGUACACACAUCCUUCAAAUCAAGUAGAAGUACACUCAUGUUUAAAAAGACUUGCAAAAGUUGAAGUACCGACUCUACUUUUUCCACUGAAGAUAAAGAUAUUAAUGAUUAAAAAGACUGACAGAACUAACCCAUUGAUACCACAGCUGGUGUGGUAAGCAUACUUAACCUACCAUUAAUGAGCUGGGGGGAGGGGUGCGAGUAAUUAUUGAUCUACAGCAAACAAAAGGACCACAUAGGUCACGUAGUUGAGUUUGACCUGAUUCAUCUGGACAGGUGGCUGGAGCACCCAAGCGUCUGGCUAAUUGACAAUCAAUUGAAAAUGAUCUAUAAUCUCACACACCAUGUACUUUCUCUACUGGCAUGACGACAAUCCCAUCAUCCCAUUGAGAUUUAAGUCAAUUUCCAUGUUGGGGCAAUGCCGUCCGGUGUCAAUGUAAUACUGUUUUGACAGGUUCAAUAUUGUGCACAGGAGGGGAGGAGGUGGACAUUAACUCUUGAAAAUGCCACACAAUGAAAUUCAAUCGUACAUGUUGAAAGUAAUCCUUCUUUUAUGAGACUAAUGUUGCUAGGUCUUGCUCCAGUGCCCUAAACAUUGGGACACUAUGUUCCUUUCUGAAUCUUGUUCCAUCCAGUUGAUUGAGAAGUCUAUUUACAUUUUAGAACAACACCCUCAAGUGUCAAUUUAAGGCUGCUGCCCUCUCUGCUAAAAUCAAUGUACUUCAAUUUAACACGCUAUGGUGGAGAUUUUGUAGUUAUUUUUUUUAUUAGGCUGUUGGUAGGUUUUAUAAAAAAUCAAGAUAAAAUGUUAAUUGAAAAGAAAGUUUGAAGGUUCAUACCAAAGUUAAGGUACGAACCUUCAUACAUCGACAAUAAAAAACAUUUUAUGACAAA